GUCCACAGAGUCCCCUUUUCAGAGAGGCAACGGCAAACUCAAGAAAAGAUGUUUAACGAAUAAUUAAAUCGGAAAAAAAACGAGCUCGGAACCCUAGCAAUCCAAGCGACAUGUUGAAGACAAUCUCAAUAGCUCAAAUUCAAAUUCAUCUCAAAUUGUUGCAGUAAUUUUGUUCUUAAUUCGUUUGCAAUCGCUACGGAGCAAAAAAAAAAAUGGUGAAGAAACGUGUGCCGGAUUGGCUCAAUAGCUCUCUUUGGUCCUCCGCUCCCUCUGUCGACGACGAUCGCCUCCACCGCUACACUUCCGAGCCGGCAGCCACCACUUCCUCACCGGAACCUGUCGUUCAACCUCCUGUUCCGGUUCCUCCUCCGUCUGCGACCACCGCAGUCGUUAGAACGGAAUCUCCUAAGUCUGAUACUAGAGACUCCAGGGGUAAUAACAAUGUCACCAACGACGAUAAUGGCACUUCCUCAGGCCCUUCUGCUGAGGAUGUAUCUCGCCAAGCACAGCUUCUUGUUGAGCUGUCGAAGAAGAUCAUAAAUCUGCGCGAAUUGCGUAAAAUUGCGUCUCAAGGCAUACCGGAUGGUCCAGGAAUUCGUUCAACCGUCUGGAAACUUCUAUUGGGUUAUCUGCCACCAGAUCGUGGGCUGUGGACGUCUGAGUUAGCUAAAAAGAGGUCUCAAUACAAGCAUUUUAAAGACGAGCUUUUGAUGAAUCCUUCCGAAAUUUCAAGGAGGUCGGAGAAGGCCAAAAGUUACGAGCAUGAUGAAACGAACAAGGGUCCACUCUCAAGAUCAGAAAUAAGUCAAGAGGAACAUCCUUUGAGUCUUGGGAAAACCAGCAUCUGGAAUCAGUACUUCCAGGACUCUGAGAUUAUAGAACAGAUUGACCGGGAUGUGAAGCGUACUCAUCCAGAUAUGCACUUCUUCUCUGGGGACUCAUCACUUGCAAAAUCUAAUCAGGAGGCUCUGAGAAACAUCUUAAUUGUAUUUGCAAAGUUGAAUCCAGGAAUUAGAUAUGUUCAAGGGAUGAAUGAAAUCUUAGCUCCUUUAUUCUAUGUAUUUAGAAGUGAUCCUGAUGAGGACAAUGCGGCAUCUGCUGAAGCAGACACGUUCUUUUGUUUUGUUGAGUUAUUGAGUGGAUUUAGGGAUCAUUUCUGCCAGCAAUUGGAUAAUAGUGUUGUGGGAAUUCGUGCCACAAUCACAAAGUUGUCUCAACUUCUGAAGGAGCAUGAUGAAGAGCUCUGGCGUCACCUUGAGAUCACAACGAAAGUAAACCCCCAGUUUUAUGCAUUUAGGUGGAUCACUCUGCUCUUGACCCAAGAGUUCAAUUUUGCAGACAGCCUUCACAUAUGGGAUACUAUUUUGAGUGAUCCUGAGGGUCCUCUGGAAACACUCCUCCGAAUAUGCUGCUCGAUGUUGAUUCUCAUUAGACGACGCCUACUUGCAGGUGAUUUUACAGCUAAUCUCAAACUGCUCCAACACUAUCCCCCGGCAAACAUCAGUCAUUUGCUCUACGUUGCAAACAAGUUGCGGAAACAACCUUCAAUCUGAUCUCGUUCCUCAUGCACUUCGUUUACGUGUUUGAUUAUCUUUCUUUGAAAUAUUAUAGUGUUGGUUAAUUACUGGAUGUAAAUGUUGGUUGAAAGAAUGACAGUUGUAGGGAGCAGGAUAUGUAAGGAUUGUUCAUUAGAUGUUGACUUGGUAGUAAUUCUUCUUCUGUUUUUCAUCAACACUUGUGUGUGUAUCUUUCCUGAGAGAUUAGUAGUGAGUGAUAUUUAUCAACAAUUUCUGAUUCUCUUGUAGUUUACACAAAUUUUGACUCAUUGUUUAUUCAAAUUUCCUCCUUUGAAUUUCUCA